GUUGGCCGUCAUCACUUUAGCAACACGUUCAGACUGUUGCGGUCCCCUUGUGUUAUUGUUUCCUCGACUGGACUGGGAUAUACUCCCCCGGAUACCGCCGUGAGAAAAUGGCGAAGCCAGAAAGCAAGAAGAUAUUCUUCGAGAACCUGUCGGGAGCGGGCAAAGCCAUCGCGGUGCUGACGAGCGGAGGGGAUGCUCAAGGUAUGAACGCUGCUGUACGUGCCGUGGUCCGAAUGGGGUUAUACGUGGGAGCAAAAGUGUAUUUCAUUCAUGAGGGAUAUCAGGGUAUGGUGGACGGUGGGGAGAACAUCGUGGAAGCCUCAUGGGAAAGUGUCUCCAGCAUGCUACAAGUGGGCGGGACCGUCAUCGGCAGCGCUCGCUGUAAGGAGUUCCGCAGCCACGAGGGUCGCCUGAAGGCCGCGCUCAACCUGGUGAAGCAGGGCAUCACCAACCUGUGUGUGAUCGGAGGAGAUGGCAGUCUGACGGGAGCCAACCUCUUCAAGGAGGAAUGGAGCGGGCUGCUGGCCGAGCUGGUGGAGCAAGGCUCCAUCGAGGCCGACGCCGUCUCAAAGUACUCGGCCCUUCACAUCGUGGGGAUGGUCGGCUCCAUUGACAACGACUUCUGUGGGACCGACAUGACGAUCGGCACCGACUCCGCUCUGCACAGAAUCAUCGAAGUGGUGGACGCAAUUAUGACGACGGCACAGAGUCACCAGAGAACAUUUGUGUUAGAGGUCAUGGGCAGACAUUGUGGCUACCUGGCCUUGGUGAGCGCCCUGGCUUGUGGAGCAGACUGGGUGUUGAUCCCUGAGAUGCCCCCGGAGGACGGCUGGGAGGACAAGAUGUGUCGAAAACUGUCUGCGACCCGUUCCAGGGGCACAAGGCUGAACAUAAUCAUAGUGGCAGAGGGAGCCAUUGACAGGCACGGGACGCCUAUAACCUCUGGUAUAGUCAAGGAUAACCGAGCAGGGAUGAAAAGGCUGAAUAUCAUAAUUGUAGCCGAAGGGGCGAUUGACGGUAGCAACAGGCCCAUUACUACUGACUACAUCAAGGAUCUCGUCGUCAAACGCUUGGGCUUCGACACGCGAGUGACGAUCCUGGGCCACGUGCAGAGAGGAGGGACCCCCUCGGCUUUCGACCGCGUCCUGGCCAGUCGGAUGGGUGUGGAGGCGGUCCUUGCACUUCUGGAGACCACAGCUAACACGCCAGCCUGUGUGGUCUCUCUGUGUGGUAACCAAUUGGUGCGCCUGCCUUUGAUGGAGUGUGUACAGAUGACUCAAGAGGUCCAGAGGGCCAUGGACGGGAAGCGGUUUGAGGAGGCGGUGAAGCUGCGGGGCAGGAGUUUUGAAAACAACCUGAAGACGUACAAACUGCUGGCUCACCGCAAACCAGAAUCCGAACUGCCAACUAGCAACUUCAACGUGGCGGUGUUGAAUGUCGGCGCCCCUGCGGCGGGCAUGAAUGCCGCCGUGCGUUCAGCCGUCAGGGUGGGCAUCUCCGAGGGGCACAAGAUGUUCGCCGUCAGCGACGGAUUCGAGGGGUUCUACAAAGGACAGAUUAGGGAGGUCAAGUGGGCCGAUGUCGGAGGAUGGACCGGACAAGGUGGAUCUCUGUUGGGAACCAAAAGAACACUUCCUGCGAAGCAUGUUGAUAAGAUUGCCGAGCAGAUGCGAGAGCACAAGAUCAACGCUCUGCUGAUUGUUGGUGGAUUUGAGGCCUUUGAGAGUCUGCUGCAGCUGUGCGAGGCGCGCGCGACCCACGAGGAGUUUUGCAUCCCGAUGUGUAUGCUGCCCGCCACCAUAAGUAACAAUGUGCCGGGCACAGAUCUAACUAUCGGGGCGGACACGGCCCUCAAUGCCAUCGUGGAGACUUGCGACCGCAUCAAGCAGUCGGCCAGCGGGACCAAGAGGCGUGUGUUCAUCAUCGAGACCAUGGGGGGCUACUGCGGCUACCUGGCCAGCGUGGGAGGUCUGGCGGCCGGAGCCGACGCCGCCUACAUCUUCGAGGAGCCGUUUGACAUCAAAGACCUGCAGGCCAACGUCGAGCAUUUGACUCAGAAAAUGAAGACCGGCAUUCAAAGAGGACUCGUCCUCAGGAAUGAGAACUGUAACGAAAACUACACCACAGACUUUAUCUACCAGCUGUACUCUGAAGAAGGGAGGGGCGUGUUCGACUCCAGGAAGAACGUGCUGGGACACAUGCAGCAGGGAGGAGCGCCGUCUCCCUUCGACCGCAACUUCGGGACCAAGAUCUCCGCCAAGGCGAUGCAGUGGGUCACCAAGAAGCUGCUGGAGACCUUCAGACACGAUCCCCUCCGGCAGCCGCGGCUCUAUUCACUGAUCUUGUUCUUACUUAUGGCGUUGACAUUGAGCAUUUGAACGUCUUCCCACAGAAUCCUCUUCUGUCAGACCACAACCUCAUAACUUUUGAAUUUAUACUACCGGAGUGUACUCCGUUAGUCAAAAGUUUUUACACUAGAUGUCUAACUGAUAGUGCUGUAGCUAAAUUUAAAGAAGCGAUUCCUUCUGUAUUUGAUUCGAUACCACGUCUCAAUAUAACAGAGGACUCCUGGUCUAACUUUAGUCCGUCCCAGAUUGAUCAUCUUGUUGACAGUGCCAUAGGCUCUCUGAGAAUGACACUGGACUCGAUAGCCCCUCUGAAGAAGAAGACAGUGAGGAAGAGGAGGUUUGCUCCCUGGUAUAACCCUCAGACCCGCAAACUGAAGCAAAUGUCACGAAAGCUUGAACGCUUAUGGCGUUCAACUAAUCUCGAAGAAUCCCGCUUAGUUUGGCGAGAUAGUCUUAAAACAUAUAAGAAGGCCCUCCGUAAUGCCAGAGCAGCCUAUUACUCAUCAAUAAUAGAAAAAAAUAAACACAACCCCAGGUUUCUCUUCAGCACUGUAGCCAGGCUGACAGAGAGUCACAGCUCUGUGGAGCCGAGCAUUCCUAUAAACCUUAGUGGUAAUGACUUUAUGAACUUCUUUAAUGAAAAGAUUUUAACUAUUAGGGACAAGAUUAAUAAUCUCUUGCCCAUAACCAGUGCCAAUCUGUCCUCAAGUGGAAUGGCCUUGAAACCGCUGUAUGCCCUGGUGUAUAUUUGGAGUCAUUUUCUCCUAUCAACCGUGUCCAAUUAUUUUCAACGGUUUCUACUUCGAACACGUCUACCUGUCUCUUGGACCCCAUCCCGACGAGGCUGCUUAAAGUCGUUUUGCCUUUAAUUGGCGGCUCUCUAUUAGAUAUUAUCAAUGUGUCUCUGCUAACAGGCCACGUACCACACUCCUUCAAGGUGGCUGUUAUUAAACCUCUCCUGAAGAAGCCCACUCUGGAUCCAGAGGUAUUGGCUAACUACAGACCGAUCUCUAACCUCCUCUUCCUCUCCAAGAUCCUUGAGAAAGUGGUCGCAAAUCAGUUGUGCGACUUUCUACAUCAUAAUAGUUUAUUUGAGAAAUUUCAAUCAGGAUUUAGAAAACACCACAGCACCGAGACGGCACUGGUGAAAAUUACAAAUGACCUCUUAAUGGCAGCAGAUAAAGGACUCCUCUCUGUCCUGGUCUUGUUAGACCUUAGUGCUGCAUUCGACACCAUUGACCAUGACAUCCUGUUACAGAGACUGGAGCAGUCGAUUGGCAUUUCAGGCACGGCACUAAUUUGGUUUAAAUCCUAUUUAUCAGAUCGAUCUCAGUUUGUAUUUGUAAACGAUGACGCCUCGAUAACCACCAACGUUAAUCACGGAGUUCCACAAGGUUCUGUGCUUGGACCAAUUUUAUUUACCUUAUACAUGCUUCCUUUGGGCAAUAUUAUCAGGAAACACUCCAUAAACUUUCAUUGUUAUGCAGAUGACACUCAACUAUAUUUAUCGAUAAAACCAGAGGAGAGCAACCAACUCUGUAAAAUUCAAGCAUGUCUUAAAGACAUAAAAACAUGGAUGACCUGCAACUUCUUGAUGUUAAACUCAGACAAAACCGAAGUAAUUUUAAUCGGCCCUGAGCACCUCAGAGAUCA